GAACACCUUGGCGGUCUCUCGACGAACACGAUUUCCAUAUUCGCCCGGCAAAGACGGAGCAGCGCAUACGCAGCAUCGGUACAGGCUGGAUCCUACAGGUUUCGCAAUAUUUUGGCGGGGAAUUACCAGCGAUUGCGCCGCAGGUGGAUGCGGUGGACGACGAGCGAAACGCGCGCGGGCAUUUGACGCGACAAGGCUGAAAACCCCCGAUCUUCUACCGCCUCAUCAGCAAACGCAACACUUGCGAAUUUGACUCGACGGCGGUAGCUUUUUUUUUUUUUUUGCUGCUGGAUUUGGGCGCAGAAACCUACGAUCCGCGACGUCAGCCUGUCAAUCUCUCAUGCGAUCCACCAAGAGGAGCUUCCGAAGAAGCCAUCCAUGACGACUCUCAUUACCACGAUUCGACAGCCGCUGGAACUUCUUAGCAUGAAUGACCAGCCAGUGCGCCGAUCAAAGCGCCAGCCGGCCGCCGAAUACGAACAAGACGACGAUUUUCAGUUUGUGCGGAAAUCCAAAAAGGCAAAGACCGCCGAAGAGCCACCGCAGCCGGUAGCUCUUCCUGUAAGGAAGUCGGGAAGAGGGAGGCCACCAUCGGCAGCGACCGCCGCGGCGAGGGAACGGGCGGCGAGACAGUCAAUCCGUGGUGAUGAGGAGGAGGUGGAGCUAAUUGCGGCGGAGAAGGUUCCGAGGGCGACGACAACGGCAAAGAAGGCUUCCUCUUCACGGCGAAAAGCGGCGUCCAACGACGCGGUCCAUGAUGAACCACCUGCGAAGGUAUCGAAAAGAGGGACGAGAAAGAGUUCGCGACUAUCAAGCGACGAUGCAGCGCCAGAAGAGGAGCAGCAGCAGGCGCCUCCUCCGCCACGGACAAAUGGCUCGUCAAGCAGCCAGAGCCGUGGCAAGAAGACGGCAAAAUCAAAAGCACCGCCACCAGUAAUACAGGAGGAAGAGCUUGAGGAAGGCUUUUCGAUCGAGGCUUCGCCAGUGCACGAGACAUCGACUGAGCCUACUAAAAUUAAGCUGCCAAUGAGCGACACGCCCAUAAUCAAUCGCAAUAAAGAAAUGCGCAAGAAAGGGGGGACAGGCGGCAGUCGAAGAAGCAGCCUGGGAUCUCGUGGACGAAGAGCGAGUUCGUUAAUUGAGAGUGGACAAACGGCAAUUCCCCACCGUGAAGUCAGCACCACUGCGUUUUACAAGCAUAUCGAGGCGGAUUUGUUGGAGCCACGGCGGAUGAAGCAGCUGUUAAUAUGGUGUGGCGAGCGGGCACUAUCAGCUAAGCCGCGAGGGACCCUGAACUCUGGCGCAGUUCUUGGAGCUCGAGCGAUUCAAGAUCAGCUGCUUAAAGAUUUCUCGUCGAGAUCAGAGUUUUCAGAUUGGUUCAAUAGAGAAGAUAAGGCGCCUAAAGCACCAGUCAUUCUAAGACCUAAUCCUAGAAACAUUGAGCUGGACGAGAAGCUAGCAACCUUGCAGGCGAAAGUCAAGAGAUUACAAGAAGAAAAGAAAGCCUGGCUAGCAAUACGGAAACCACUGCCUGACCAGCCGCCUCUGUUCACGCCGCAAGAAAAAGAAGCAGAGACAAUAACACUGCCCGAUUUCGACUUGUUAGACCCCGAUGAAGGCCAAAUCAGAGGCUUCCUCGUCGAUGAAACCAAUACUUUUGCCAGCAUACGAUCACAGACGCAAGCACGGCUACGGCACAUCCAAUCGUCGCUCGAAUUCGAAGUCGAUCAGUUGACGGACAGCGUACAUAAGCUGGAACAGCGAGUCAAGGUGGCAGGCAAGGAAGCAGACAAAGUACUGAGCCUAAGCUCCGUGAGAUUACGAGAGCGGGAGGAAAGAGAGAGGAAGAGCGCAGGGACCAAAGAUAUGCCCAUACUGUUGGUAUUGAGGAGUUUGAGCAGCAUAUUACCUGAAGGAGGGGGAUGAUGAUUUGCCAAAGUUUGAAACAAGGAAAAAAACAACAACAACAAAUGAAGAAGGCGAAAAGAAAGACUACAUUUUUUUUCUAAUACUUUCUUCUUGGCUCCCCUCCUCAUAAAAUGCUCUUAUGUCUUCACUCAUGAUACCCUCCUAUCUAUUCCUCAGCUCUUACAAGAGGAACGCAAAUACGGACUCCGUUUUUUCUUUUUCAUUUUUUUAACGAGACAUACUGAUGACGAGACGAGACGGCGAGGCGCUCGGGUUUGAUUUGAUGCAUUUUCCGGCCUCUUUUUACUUCCCAACAAUCUUUUUUCUUCUUCUUCUUCUUCUUCUUUCUUCUCUCUCUUCUCUCUUUGGUGUGGUCUAGGUUGCUUUUGAUUGGGAGGAGGCUUAGUAGUUUAAUCAAGUCAUUUGGUUCUUUUCUUGUUUUUAUGCGUGCUAGAUUGGCGGGCGGCUUUUAUCUUUUUU